AUGAAAAAACUCUCCUCCCACUAUUCUCUCAUUCACAAUUGUACAAAACCAAAUAAUACCACUACCAAUACACCUCCUCUAGGCCAUUCCCAACCAUCAACUGUUGUUGCUCAUGAUGCUGCUACAUUCACACAUUCCAAUUCUUCCUCCUCUCUCCACUCACCAACUAGUUCUGCGCUCUCAACAGUCGCUACUACUACAAACUCCACCUCUGUUUCCUCCUCCAACAAUGAUAACUCACCAACAGUUAUCGACAAGUCAAUACUUGUGAACGACCCUCUUCACUUUUACCAUCAAUUCAAGAGGAUGAACGCUAAACAUUCAAAUGAUAUUUCUCCAACCCACUUGAGUGCAGCAACUACCACCUCUUGUGCUACUUCUUCCCAACAACAAGUAGCUUUCAAGAAGGACGAUCAACAAACACCACCACCAGGUGCAACAGACUCUUUCAGAAAUAUUCUCUCUGUUGUAACUACUUCAACGUCCAAUAUUCGUUCGUCCACUAUUGUUGCCAAUACAUCUUCUACUGCACAGCCUUUGUCUUCUGGUAAUAGCUCAUCUGUUUCCAAUGUCCAACAAUCUACCCGUUCCUCUUCUUCUUCCACACCAUCGCACCACCAAACAGUAAAUAACAGUAAACAUCAUGGCGAGGUCAAUACUUCCAAUGGAAAGAAGGGUAGCUCUUCCCCAACAGAACUUUCAACUGACUCUGUUAAGCAAAUUACCUCCAACACUGUUUUGCCUCGUCUUCCAAGAAUUCGCAUACCAAGCAACACCUCAAGCAAUGGUGGUGGUAGCAAUAGUAACACACCAACCAAUCUAAUGACACCAUCCUCCCUUUCUAAUUCUUCCUCAUCCUCCUCCAAUAUGAUGCAAGACUUUGCUGACAGCCCAAGUAGUGGUUGUAAUCUUUUGUCUCGUGAUGCUCCAGAUAAUCCUUCGUUUAUUAACAGAAGAAUUUUCGUUGGAGGGCUGAAGGAAACUACAUCAGAACAAGAGCUCAUUGAUUUCUUCUCUCGUUCACCAAAUAACUAUGGACCAAUUUCACACUGUGUCAUUAUGAAAAAGUGGGAUGGCAGAUCGAGAGGAUUUGGCUUUGUUACCUUCUCUGAUGAAAGUAUUGCCAAGAAGGUUCUAUCAUACCAUAAAGAACAUCCAUUCAUGAUUGGAAACCACAGAAUUGAUUGCCAAGUUGCCCAAUCUCAAGGAUGUAAAAUUGAUAGUGUUGAUAUACCAACACACGCCUCAACCAUUUCUUCUUCCUCAAGAAUGGUUGAUGAUGAAAGAUUAUUCACUAACAAUAUUCACAACUCAGAUACACAAUCUGACAUGAUUUAUGGAGCCAGCUCCACAGACUUAUCAAGGUCUGGUAAUAGCUCAUCAGCCUCUUCCAACAAUUCACCAACUAUUAAGAAGGAUACCAUUUCUUCUUUUGAUAAGAAGCGCAGAAUUUUUGUUGGUGGUUUACAACCUCAAGUUACUAAACAGGCUGUUCAUGACUACUUCUCCAAACAUGGUACUAUUGAGGACUUGCAAUUAAUUCUCAAUAGAAGAACACCAUUUGCUUUUAUUACCUAUACAAGUGAAGAUAGUGCCACCAAAGUUUUGGAUGAUUUCCAUUCUGGAGUUUUAUGUAAGGAAUUUGCUGCUCAUGAUGUUAGAAGAGCCAUGCCAAAAGGAAGUUUCAGUUUCACAAAACAAAGAGAACGUGAAAUGGACAUGACAAGAAGAGUUCCUCCUCAUAGAGGUAUGCCUCCAACAGAAACAUCAACCAGACAAGCACCAAUUCCUAAUAGCCAACCAAUAGUUCCAUCCAACAACGGUUCUAGAAAGUCUGGUCAUACGCCACCAAGUUACAGAUAUACUCCGUAUGAUAAAUCAGGAACAUCAAGAAGAGGAAUGCAACCAUACUAUGAUCAUUCUCCAACUAAUGGACCAAUGCAACCUAAUGGUUUCUUUGGUCCUGUUGAUGUUCCUUCUUCACACAUUUCUAUGUAUCCUACUGGUCAUCCUUUACAUCACCAUCACCAACCACAUAUUGAUGAAAGAUAUAUGCAACCAUUACCUGGUCAACCAAUGCCAUCAACAUCAUCUUUCUAUCCACCUCCAAUACCUCCCUAUUAUGAUCAACCUUACAUGAUGAUGCAUCACCACCACCAUCAAGGAAUGCUCAAUGGAAGAGAUCCGUAUAUGCCAAGAGAAGCAGGUGCUUAUAGACAUUCUGACAAUAUUUCUAACAGUAGCGGAGAAAUGGACGAUAUUAGAAGAUAG